AUGGCUAUGCUUACUAAGUCCAAGAGUGAUGGUCUUGAUCAUCCAGAAAAGAAAGACCCAGAUACUAACCCAAAAGUCGUUGCUAAUGUUAUUUCAUCAAGAGAACCUCCUCAACCAGCCAAAGAUGUUGCUGAAGAAAGAAACCGUACUGAUUGGGAUUUGAAGGAAAUGCACGAGUUUUUGGAAGGAGAUGAAGCAAAAUCUGAGCAAAUUUUACGUUUAUACCAAUCUAUUGAACGUGAUCCAAUCUUACAAACUAGACCAGAACAAUUUGAUAACACCCAGAAACAAGAGAGAGAAAUGGUUGCCAAUAGAAUCAAUCAAAUGUCUAAAUACUUGGAAACUGAACCAUAUGGAAAAUUCAGAAGAAGAUUACAAUUAAUGACUGUCAUUGAUCCAUCUUUAGGUAUUAGAAUGUUGGUUAACAUUGGUUUAUUCUUAAAUUGUGUCAGAGGUAAUGGUACUCAAAAACAAUUUGACUUCUGGUCUAAGAAAAAAGAAGCCGGUAUUGUUAAACAACUUUAUGGUUGUUUUGGUAUGACUGAAUUGGGUCAUGGUUCCAACGUUGCUGGUUGUGAAACAACUGCCACUUUUGAUGAAGAAACUGAUGAAUUCAUCAUUGAUACUCCACACAUUGGAGCUACUAAAUGGUGGAUUGGUGGUGCAGCUCAUUCUGCCACCCACACUGUCUGUUAUGCCAGAUUAAUUGUCAAAGACAUCGAUUAUGGUGUCAAGACAUUUAUUGUCCCAUUGAGAGAUUCAGGACACAAUUUAUUACCAGGUGUUGCUAUUGGUGACAUCGGUGCAAAGAUGGGUAGACAAGGUGUUGACAAUGGUUGGAUUCAAUUUACCGAAGUUAGAAUUCCAAGAUUCUUUAUGUUGCAAAGAUGGUGUAAAGUUGACCGUCAAGGUAAUGUUACUUUGCCACCAUUAGAACAAUUGUCCUACAUUUCACUUUUGGAAGGUAGAGUUGGUAUGGCUACUGAUUCAUACAGAAUUGGAGCUAGAUACACCACUAUUGCCUUGAGAUACGCUGUUGGUAGAAGACAAUUUGCCAAGAAGGAAGGUGAACCAGAAACAAAGUUGAUUGAUUACACAUUGCACCAAAGAAGAUUGUUACCAUAUUUGGCUUUGACUUACGCUGCAGCCGUUGGUACUGACAGAUUGGAACGUCAACACGAAGAAUUGUUAUCUAACUUGGAUAUUGCAUUGGCCAAGAAGGACAAGUUAUUGUUGAAGAAUACCAUUACUGGUACCAAAUCCAUGUUUGUUGAUUCUGGUUCAUUGAAAUCUACGUUGACUUGGUUAGCUGCUGAUUUGAUCAACGAAACAAGACAAGCUUGUGGUGGUCAUGGUUACUCGGCUUAUAAUGGUUUUGGUAAGACCUAUGAUGAUUGGGUUGUUCAAUGUACUUGGGAAGGUGACAACAAUGUUUUGGCUAUGUCUGCUGGUAAGACUAUUAUUAAGACUGUUCAACAAGUUUUGAACGGUAAGCCAUUGCAAGAUUCAACUUUGGAAUUCCUUAAUGAUGCUCCAGAAUUAUCCAAAGCUAAGAAAGCUGUUAUUAGAAUCAAGGACCACGUAGAUGAUGUUGACCGUGUUUUGAAAGCUAUUGCUGGUUUGAUUUCAAAAUUGUCCAAAGAUUUGAUUCCAGUUUCUUAUCAAUCUUGGGACUCUAUUGCUCCACAAAGAGUCAUCUUGUCUAAAUUGAGAUGUCACUACUAUUUGUUGGAAACUUUUAGUGAAAGAUUGAACGAUAGAAUAAAAGCUAAAUCACCAGCUAGACCUCAUUUAGAAAACAUUAUCAAAUUGUAUUACGUUACAAACAUUUUAGGCCCAUUCAUUGAUGAAUUCUUGAGAUUUGGUGUUAUUUCCCCACAAGUUGCUAAGUACAUCACAUUGGAAUACCCACAAAAAUUAUGUGCUAAUGUUCGACCAUAUGUCAUUGGUUUGACUGAUUCAUUCCAGCAACCAGAUAACUUUAUCAACUCAUUAAUUGGUAAGUAUGAUGGUAACAUUUACACCAACUAUUUGGAAUCAGUUAAAGAUGUCAACAGUCCAUUCAACUACAAAGCACCAUACUCGGAAGCUUUGGAAGCCAUGUUGGCCCGUUCUUCAAUUGAAGAAAGAGAAAGAUUCGAAAGAAGUAAAGAGGCUGCUAAUAUUUUAUCUAAAUAG